ACGACGAACGGGUCAACUACGUCGUAAAUAAAAUAUAUAAAAAAAGCAUUUAUUGUGGAUAGGAAAUUAAUACGAGUCAACUUUCGCGUAUGGCUAUGUUUCCUUCUUCCAAGGCCACUCAUCUCUCGCUUCGCUUCUAUUGUCCCAUAUUAUUUGAAUCUGCAAUUCCACUCCCACUUUUCCAAACUAGUUUGGAAAUUGCAGCUAUGACUCACAAUUUCACUGCAUGUCUUCUCCUAUUAUUCACGCUGCUAUUCAUGGAACAGCUCGCUCAGCUCUCUGUAGCUCAUCCAAUCUUCUGUGGUGAACAUGUUUUCGAUUACCCUUUCGGAUUUAAGAAUAGCGGCCACGGGGACUUAAGCCUUCAGGUCAAGUGUGAUUAUGGUCAUAGAUUGGCAAAGCCUGUACUUAAUAUCAGUGGCAAAGAAUACUACAUACUGCAACCCAAAGUCCUUAACAACUUUAGUUUCCACCAUACCAUGACAAUAAUCGACAAGGAGCUAAGAGAUAAUUGCGAUCCAUCUUCCAAUAACUACACGGAAUUAAGGUCUAGCUCUCAAUUUCAUAUUGCCCAUACACACAUAGACAUAACCCUUUGGGGUCAAUGCAAUCGAGAAUGGGUAGACUUGCCCGAUCAAACGGCUAGUUUAAAAUGUAACCCUGAUUGGCACUACAAUUUCACAGCAGCCGUUAGUGUGCCUGAAGCAUGUAAGGCACAAGCUGUUUUACCAGUCAAGAACUCAGGAGGACCUGUAGACGACCAUCAAAUCAGGCAUGGAGGUUUCCCAAUUAAAUUGAAUGUCAGCAAAAGUUGCAGAGAUUGCCAGUCAAGUGGUGGGUGUUGUGGUUAUUAUAAGAGCUCGAUGCAGUUUCAUUGCAGGUGCAGGCGGCACCGGCAAUAUCCUGACAGAUGCCCCGCAGAGAAGAGUUCCAUUGUGCUACCUCUAGGUUUCUCCAUUGGAGGUGUUGCCCUGGUAGCAGCAGUAAUACUGCUGCUAAUUUAUCUGAAGAAGAGGCCGUAUCCCAGACGGGGCCUUCCUGGAGAUCUCGGUGAUUAUGAAAAAACUGAAUUGAAGGCAUAUCCGCAGCAGUUUGUUAAUUUGUCCAUAUUUUCUUAUGAAGAACUUAAAUGGGCAGCAAAUUUCUUCAACGAGAAAAACAAAGUUGGAGAUGGAGGGUUUGGAUCGGUGUAUUUUGGCAAGCUUGAAGACGGACGAACUGUAGCAGUAAAGAAGCUUUAUCAGCAAAACUGGAAGAGCGUCGAGCAGUUCAUUAACGAGAUAAAGAUCUUAUCCUGUCUUAAACAUCCAAAUCUUGUGGAUCUUUAUGGGUGUAGCAGUCCAGGGAGUCCAUUUCUGCUGCUGGUUUACGAAUUCAUGGCGAAUGGGACCUUGGCCGAUCAUCUUCAUGGAAAUCGAAGGACUUCAAAAGGUUUGCCUUGGGAAACUCGUUUAAACAUUGCCGUAGAAACUGCUCAGGCUUUGGCUUUUUUGCAUGGCUUACAUCCGCCCAUAUUACACAGAGAUGUCAAAUCCACCAACAUUCUUCUAGAUGAAAAUUUCAGGGCAAAAGUUGCAGAUUUGGGGCUUUGCAGGCUCUUCCCUGUAAAUGUCUCGCACGUCACAACUAUCCCGCAAGGUACGCCAGGCUAUAUAGAUCCAAAUUAUCAUGAAUGCUUUCAACUUACAGAUAAGUCUGAUGUUUACAGCUUUGGGGUCGUUUUGGUGGAAAUCAUCUCUGCUAAAGUUGCUGUCGAUACUAGCCGAAACAGAAAUGAAAUCAUGCUCGCUGUUAUGGCAUCAGACAAGAUUAGAAGAGGAGUUUUGGGUGAAAUAUUGGAUCCAGAUUUGCAGAUUGGAAUGAAGGAAGAGGUAAAGCUCGUAGUUUCUGCAGUUGCCGAAUUGGCGUUCAGAUGCCUCGCAACGGACAAGGAUGUUCGACCAGACAUGAAGGAAGUUGCAACUCGUCUUGAGGAGAUACAAGAGCAUCAACAAAGUUUGGCUUAAGAACAUCAAAGAUCGUUGAACACAGAAUCCACUGGUUAUUUGAAUAUUAAAGGGGUAAAUUUUGUAAUUUUUGGAUGUACAUAAGAUGUUAAGCUACUUUUAAUUUUUUAA